UGACGAGAUUGUUGGUUCACCAGACAUGGAUGCACUGCGGACGCAUUAGUGGACUUGGUGAAGGUUUCCAUUGAUGAGAUUAGGGUUGAAAAUGAAGACGUGCGAUGAACUUCUCCACAUUGACGUCCACGUGGAUGAAAGUGAAGCGCGCACCUCCGUCCUGGACCUCCUGAGAAUGCUGAGACCUCACUGGAUGCCACAAGACAUCCGCAUGAAGACGUUCACCGAGGGCAUCACCAACCGGCUGCUGGGCUGCUCCGUGGACGAGUCCGACUGCGUGCUGGUACGAGUCUACGGCCAACAGACCGAGCUCUUUGUGGACCGCCAGCGGGAGGUGGAAAUGUUCCGCCUCCUCCACUCUCACGGCCGCGGCCCGCAGAUCUACUGCAGCUUCCGCAACGGCAUCUGCUACCAGUUUGUCCCCGGAGACGUGCUGGAGGACAGGCUGCUCUGCCAGCCCUCCAUAUACAAAUUGAUCGCAGCUGAGAUGGCGAGAAUCCAUUCCAUCUGUCCACCGAACGCUCAUCCCCGCGAGCGUCUGCUGUGGACCAAGAUGUCUCAUUUUCUCACGCUCUUAGAGGACAGUGGCAAACUCAGCGGGCCAAGUUCGUCGUCCGGCCCGCAGUUGCCCAGUUUGGCGAUGUUGUCGGCGGAGGCGGAGUCACUGGAGCGCCACCUCUCGCCGUUGGGCUCGCCCAUCGUGUUGUGUCACAACGACCUCCUGACCAAAAACAUCAUCCACGACCGUGAGCAGGGAAGAGUGAGCUUCAUCGACUACGAGUAUGCCGAGUACAACUACCAGGCCUUCGAUAUUGGCAAUCACUUCAAUGAAUUUGCUGGUGUCCAGGACAUCGACUACAGCCGUUGGCCGAGCCGCCGCCUGCAGAGCGACUGGCUGGUGGCCUACUUGUUGACCUACAAACACUGCACGGGGCAAGACGUCAGCGUGACCCGGGAUGAGGUGACACGACUCUACGUGCAAGUCUGCAAGUUCUCAUUGGCAUCCAACUUCUUCUGGGGUUUGUGGGCAAUUCUCCAGUCUCACUACUCCUCGAUUGAUUUUGACUUCCACAGGUAUGCCAUGGCGCGACUCAACCGCUACUUUGAGAAGAAAGAAGAAUAUUUUUUAAUGAAAUGAAUUAAAAAGAGAGCAGGACGGUGAUGUAACCGUUGUAACCUGGAAAUGUAAAGAAAGACGGAAUGACAUUAAAUACUUGGAUAAGU